AUGGCGCACCUUAGAGGAAACCUUGGCCCUGGGCCUAAUAUUUACAAUGACCACAACUUGCAACGGCAUCGCAACAGAUGCAUCGGUGUCACCUCAACAUUAGGCUACCACGUACCGAAAGCCAAGAAAGAAGUUGAAGCUGCAAACACCAGUUCUUCAGAAUCGGAAGAUGGCGGCUAUCAACUAUCUGUUUUAGAGCAUGAUGUCGACGCUAAUGUUGAAAACAUUGCGGUCUCGGAGAAAAACAUUAUUCAAACAGAUAUUUCUGUAUGUGCAGAAAGAAACUCCGAAAACACUGAAGACCGAGAGACCCAACAUAGUGACGAACCUGUUGAAAGUAAGGGGGAAGAUAACAUUUCUGGCAGAAAAGCUGCAAAUAAUAAUACUCAUCACGAUGUGCAAUCGGAUGUGGUUUCUGAUGUACUAAAGUUUCACGAUGUUGGUUACUUAGAAUUCGACGAAGUGACAAAGUUACCGACAAUACCACAAUCUUUUCGCGAUGAACUGAUUACUCUCGGGCCCAUACUUUUUCAGCACACAGACAAUCUACCAUCAUUAUAUGGAGAACGUUCGAUUACAUCGGCAUGGUUUAAACGUCGAUUAGCGAAUGGAGAGGAGGUAAAUCGUUCAUGGCUGUUGUAUUCACCAGUCAAUAAAGCCGCUUACUGUUUCUGUUGUCUACUAUUUACAUCAUCGCCUUCAAACUCGCUUCAAAUUCAAAUAUUUUUAGUUUCACAAAAUUUGGCACUACGUGGUCAUGAGGAAAACUUGAAUCCCAGAAAUGAUAAAAAUGUUGGGAACUUUCUCGCGCUGAUCAAACUCAUUUCUCAAUUUGAUCCAGUACUGGCAAAACACGUCCAACAUGCUGAACAGAAUCCGGGAUCAGUUUCCUAUUUGUCACCCGAUAUUCAGAAUGAAUUUAUCCACAUACUUGCAUCAACUGUAAAGAGCAAAUUGCUGCGGGAUAUAAGGAAGAGCAAAUACUACGGCAUCUUACUUGACGCAACUCCUGAUUUAGGACAUCUGGAACAGCUGUCUCAGAUCAUAAGAUUUGUGGAUGUUAAUUUUCAAACUAAACAAGUAACUAUCAAAGAAUCAUUUUCAGGUUAUAUCGAGAUACAUUCAAAAGAUGCAGCAAGCCUAGAGAAAGUCAUCGUCGAGAGACUAAAGUCUGACGCCAUAUCUUACGCCGACUGUCGAGCUCAAUGUUAUGACAAUGCUGCUGUUAUGGCAGGGCAUAUUUCUGGCCUUCAACAACGAAUAUGUGACAGAAAUAAUAAAGCACUGUUUGUCAUCUGUGACAACCACAGCUUAAAUUUAGCAGGAGUACACUCAUCUAAGCAAGAUCCAGUUGUCAUCACAUUUUUUGGGACACUUGAAAAUAUAUAAUCGUUUUUCUCUCAUUCAACAAUUCGUUGGGAAGAG